UGUCAGGGUAUUAAAAGAAUCUUGAGGGGACACGGUGUUAUAAAAUAUAAAAAUAACAUUUGUCUCUACGGAAUAAACGAAUGGAGAAUCGGUCCUUGGAUGAUUCUUGGCAGACGAAAUAGGCACCAGGCGCAGUAGGUCAGGCACUAUGUUUCAGUUUCGAGGGAGCUAUCUCGCACGAGAGCCACGCGUGGAUAAUCGCGCCAAAAUAUAUUCAGUGAACAGUUGGAGCCUCGAGGAUUCAUUCAAAUGUGUUUGGGGUAGGAAAAUUUUCGGUGUUGUGGUAAAGUGGGGAAAAAAAUCCACCAGGUCGCGAUGACGGGGAAGAUGAGGUACCAGCGGUCCGGCCGGGUCCAUCCUGAGUAGAACAGGCGGGGGAUAUCACGUGUGGCCCAUCGCCAGGGAUGAACUGUCCUGGGGGUAGCUCUGGCAAUACCACCACCCUUUGCAUUGGCAAACGUGAGACUCUCGACUUCGAAGUCAUGGAUGUCAUCGGGGCACUUUAUUUUUUGUUUCAUGUGAGCAGGAUAAAGAGCGAGGGAAUACUGCUGAGGCUGCACGUCCUCACAGCUGCAUUAAUGCUGACCUUCUCCAUAAUCGUAUCUGCCAAACAAGCCGUGGGAAAUCCGAUAGACUGUGUCCAUACGAGGGACAUACCUGUGGAGGCAUUUAACACAUACUGCUGGAUACAUAGUACUUAUUUUGUCACUGGAGCGAUGCUCGGCGUUGCUGGGGUCAAUGUCGCAUUUCCCGGAGUUGCGCCCUCGGUUUAUGUGUUCAAUAAACCACGACAGGAAGUUCAACAGAAUAAUCGACGAAGCGAUGCCCCGGUGAAACAGGUUAAAUAUUAUCAGUGGGUCGCUUUCACCCUCAUUUUCCAGGAUUAA